UUAAACUGAGACUAUCAGAUCUUUACAGUCAUGUGCAAUCUUAAAGGUUCAGAGUACAAUCCAGCAUUCCUAUGUAGCAUAUUUAUUCUUUCACAGCCUAUGCCCUGCUGUUUAUUUGGUUCAGUCUCUUUCCCUGUGUUUCUGCUUGUAUAAGAGAGAUGUCUGUUCUGCAGACAUUUUUUCUGGGGCUUCCCAUUCUUUUGCUGCUAAGACGUAUAUUCUUGCCCUACUUGUGGCAGGAUCUUCGUUUCGCUUUCCAAGUCUUCCGCUAUGUUCGAUUUGUAGAACGCUGCAUAAAAAACUCCCGUACCGUGCUGGACAUAUUUCUUCACCAAGUAUCCAUUAGACCUGAUAAAAACUUUAUUCUUUUUCAAGAUCAGGCAUAUACCUUCAAGGAGGUGGAUCUUAAAAGCAAUCAGAUAGCCUGGGCACUGAACAAACAUGCCAAGGUAAAGCAGGGAGAUUGUGUUGCACUUUUCCUUGGUAAUGAGCCUGCAUACAUCUGGAUCUGGAUAGGUUUAUGCAAACUGGGAUGCUCAAUGGCUUGCUUGAACUAUAACAUUCGCUUGAAAUCUUUUCUUCAUUGCUUCCGAUCCAGUGGAGCAAAAGUGCUAAUUGCUGCUCCAGAACUAAGGAAUGCAGUGGAGGAAGUGCUGCCUACCUUAAAAGAACAAAAUGUCCAGAUAUUCUACCUAAGCAGAGAAUCUGCUACAGAUGGGGUGGACAGCCUGCUUGACAAAGUGGAAGCUGCUUCUGACAACCCUGUUCCUAAGUCAUACAGAUCAGAGGUCAACGCAAAAUCCACAGCUCUGUAUAUUUACACUUCUGGAACUACAGGUCUUCCCAAGGCUGCUAUAGUAAAUCAUGGCCGGCUCUUAAUGAGCUCUUCAUUGUCAACUUUAGCUGGCGUGACUUCCACAGAUGUGGUUUACAUUCCUCUGCCUCUGUACCACAGUGCUGGGAUGAUGAUUGGGGUUCGGGGAUGCAUUCAAAAAGGAGCAUGCUGUGUUUUGAGGAGUAAAUUUUCAGCCAGUCAGUUCUGGGAUGACUGCAGGAAAUACAAUGUCACUGUUGUUCAGUAUAUUGGGGAGAUAUUUCGAUACCUGUGUAACACACCUAAGAAAGAUAAUGAUAAGAACCAUAGAGUAAGGCUUGCUUUGGGAAACGGAAUCAGACCUGAUGUAUGGAAGGAGUUUGUCCAUCGCUUUGGUAACAUCAAGAUAUUUGAAUUUUAUGCAGCAACUGAAAGUAAUGCUGUCUUUUUUAACUACACUGGAAAAGUAGGCGCGAUGGGUAGAUCCAGCUUCCUACAAAAGCUUUUGCGGCCAUAUGGACUUGUUAAAUAUGAUGUGGAAAAGGAUGAAAUAGUCAGAGAUGCUUCAGGGCAUUGUAUCAGUGUAAAAACAGGUGAGACAGGCCUGCUAAUUGCAAAAAUAAACACAGUGGCUCCAUUUACCGGUUAUGCUGGAGAUAAGGCUCAAACAGAGAAGAAGAAACUCCAGAAUGUUUUCAAAAAUGGAGACCUGUAUUUUAACACUGGAGAUUUAGUAAUGACAGACAAAGAAGGGUUUAUAUACUUUCAGGAUCGUGUGGGAGACACAUUCCGCUGGAAGGGGGAAAAUGUAGCUACAACAGAAGUGGCAGAUAUCGUCGGGAUGGCAGAUUUCAUUGAAGAAGCAAAUGUUUAUGGUGUUUCUGUGCCUUAUCACGAAGGAAGAAUUGGAAUGGUUUCUAUAAAACUAAAAGAAGGCAAAGAAUUUGAUGGGAGAAAACUAUAUUCAACAAUUGCAGAUCUUUUGCCUACUUAUGCCAGACCUCGGUUUGUGAGAAUUCAGGAUGAAAUGGACAUUACAGGCACUUUCAAGCAACGCAAAGUGGCUCUUGUAAAGGAUGGUUUUAACCCACUGACUAUAAAAGAUGCUUUGUAUUUCUUGGAUGAUAGUAAAAAAACAUACAAGCCAAUGGACAUACAUAUUUAUAAUGCAAUUCAGCAGAAUGAAUUGAAGUUGUAGCAGUGUUUUUCUGUUUUUAGGAAGAGGACUUCUGCAAUACAUUAUCAGCUGAAAGCAAAACUAGACCUCUGUUUCUUUAAUAUACUGAGUACUUGGAAAGGAAAAAGGAGGGUUCCGAAAAUGCACUGUAACAAAUGAAUACGAGACAAGCAGCUGAAAAAAAAAUGUAUAUCUCAGGCACUAACAUUGAAACUACAUAGGGGAGAGGUCAAGUGCCUAAACAUUUAUGAGUAAAACUAGUAAUACUUUAUAAAGAAUAAAAAUAAAAUGUAAACUAUUCAAGCUUCAGUGAUUGCCAUUUGUUAAUUGGAUUUUUAAGGACCUGGAAAGGUAGUUCUUAAAAUACAGGUAGCAGCAUCUGACAGGAAGCAAAACUCAAUGUGCCAUUCAGUUCUGCUCCCUUGCCAACUUGUCUCUUCGAGGGCUGGGUGAUGCCAGUCUACUUCCUUUCUUAGGUUCCUCCCUCCUAUCCCGCUUUCAGCCUGGUAUUUUUUUUCAGCCUGAGAGAAGCGGACUAUCCAAGGGUGUAAAAAUGGUUGUAUAACUUUCCUUUGCCUUUAAACUGAAUAUGCUGCUCACACCAAUUUUGAAGCAAGAGUACCAUGUAUAAUAAGUGCAUGUAGUAAAAAUAAAUACUUUUUAAUUCAUUUUUUUAA